GUACACCGUGAUCUAAUUGGAAUCAUACGUGGAUAAAAAGACAAUCCCAUAUAAUAAUGACGACUGUGAAGUAGAUUUCGCAGGAUGUAAAACCAGUAUAUGCAUCCGUUUUCUAUACAGCUUGGCGUCCUCAAGGUGGCGGACGAGGCCCAGUGGCAGAGAAAAGAAAAAGUUGAAAAGACUCCACCCAGAAACCAGGCAGCGAACCGAGAGACAGCCGACGCUAUAAAAAUGAGCGGUUCCCACCCCCGGCUCCACCAGAGCGCCGCGCCCGCUCCCAACGCUCUCUCCACGGACAAGGACGCAGAAAUGCCAGCCACGGAGAAAGACCUGGCCGAGGACGCCCCGUGGAAGAAGAUCCAACAGAAUACGUUCACCCGCUGGUGUAACGAGCACCUGAAAUGCGUCAACAAGCGAAUCGGCAACUUGCAGACGGACCUCGGCGAUGGGCUGCGGCUCAUCGGCCUCCUGGAGGUCCUGUCUCAGAAGAAGAUGUUCCGAAAGUACAACCAGAGGCCCACCUUCCGCCAGAUGCAGCUGGAGAACGUGUCCGUAGCCCUGGAGUUCCUGGACAAGGAGAACAUCAAGUUGGUGUCCAUAGACUCCAAAGCUAUCGUUGAUGGGAAUAUGAAGCUCAUACUGGGUCUGAUCUGGACUUUGAUCCUGCACUACUCAAUCUCUAUGCCUAUGUGGGAUGAAGAGGAAGAGGCAGAUGAGGGCAAACAAAAGACCCCAAAGCAGAGGCUAUUGGGAUGGAUUCAGAACAAACUACCCGAGCUUCCCAUCACCAACUUCAACCGGGACUGGCAGAAUGGGCGGGCUCUCGGAGCCCUGGUCGACAGUUGCGCUCCAGGUCUUUGUCCUGACUGGGACCAGUGGGAUCAGACUAAACCUGUAGACAAUGCCCGUGAAGCCAUGCAGCAAGCUGACGACUGGCUGGGUAUACCACAGGUCAUAACCCCUGAGGAAAUUGUUGACCCCAAUGUCGACGAACAUUCAGUCAUGACUUACCUGUCUCAGUUCCCAAAGGCUAAACUUAAGCCUGGUGCACCACUACGACCCAAACUCAACCCAAAGAAAGCUCGUGCUUAUGGACCAGGCAUUGAGCCGCUUGGCAAUGUUGUAAUGAAAAAGGCUGUAUUCACUGUGGAGACAAUCAGUGCAGGAAUGGGAGAAGUACUUGUUUAUGUCGAGGACCCUGCAGGACACAGAGAGGAGGCCAAAGUGACAGGCAACAAUGAUAAGAAUCGCACCUACUCUGUAGUCUAUAUGCCGAAAGUCACAGGCAUGCACAAGGUGACAGUGUUGUUUGCAGGCCAACACAUCUCCAAGAGCCCAUUUGAAGUUGAGAUUGGCAUGGCUCAGGGAGACUCCAGCAAAGCCACUGCCCAGGGACCCGGCUUGGAACCCACAGGGAACAUUGCGAACAAGAGCACUUACUUUGACACCUACACAGCGGGUGCUGGUGUUGGUGAGGUGGAGGUUGUGAUCAUGGAUCCUGCAGGGAAGAAGAACACCGUAACUUGCAACAUAGAGGACAAGGGCAACAGUAGCUACCGUUGCACCUACAAACCAACACAGGAGGGCCAACACACGAUCUAUGUCACCUUUGCUGGUGGUCAGAUCAGCAAAAGCCCCUUCAUAGUAGAAAUCGGCGAAGCAUGCAACCCCAGCCUAUGCAAAGCAAAGGGUCGUGGUCUACAGCCAAAAGGUUUACGGGUAAAGGAGACUGCAGACUUCAAGGUUUACACCAAAGGAGCUGGGACUGGAGAGCUCAAAGUCACCAUCAAAGGGCCGAAGGGCCUUGAAGAGCCUUGCAAGAGGAAGGAUUUGGGAGAUGGUGUGUACGGCUUUGAGUACUACCCCACUACAACUGGCACAUACAGCAUCACCAUCACCUGGGGAGGACAGCACAUACCUCGCAGUCCCAUUGAAGUGAAGGUUGGACCUGAGGCUGGGCAGCAGAAGGUGAGGGCCUGGGGUCCAGGCCUAGAGGGCGGUGUCAUCGGCAAAUCUGCCGAUUUUGUCGUGGAGGCUGUUGGAGACAAUGUUGGCACUUUGGGUUUCUCUGUGGAAGGUCCAUCUCAGGCCAAGAUUGAAUGUGAUGACAAGGGUGAUGGUUCUUGUGACGUGCGCUACUGGCCUACUGAGCCUGGCGAGUAUGCAGUACAUGUGCUCUGCAACAGUGAGGACAUUCAGCAUUCCCCCUUCAUGGCUGAGAUUGUCAACCCUCCUGCCAAAGACUUCUAUCCUGACAAGGUUAAGGCAUAUGGUCCAGGUCUUCAAAGCAGUGGUUUGGCUGUUGGCAAGGCCACUGAAUUUACAGUGGAUGCUAAGCAAGGUGGAAAAGCUCCACUGAAGGUUGUUGCUCAGGAUGGGGAAGGCACGCCUUUGGAUGUGCAGGUUAAAGACAAUGGCAAUGGCACAUACACUUGUGCUUACACACCACGCAAACCUCUGAAACACACUGUCAUGGUCUCCUGGGGAGGAGUCAACAUACCUGACAGUCCUUUCAGGAUGAAUGUUGGUGCAGGCUGCCAUCCAAACAAGGUGAAGGUAUCAGGACCUGGAGUGGCCAAGACGGGUCUCAAAGCAUUUGAUCCAACAUAUUUCACAGUUGACUGUGCUGAGGCCGGUCAAGGUGACAUCAGCAUUGGAAUCAAGUGUGCCCCUGGUGUUGUGGGGCCUGCAGAAGCUGACAUCGACUUUGAUAUUAUUAGGAACGACAACGAUACAUUCACUGUCAAAUACACACCACCUGGAGCAGGCAGCUACACCAUUAUGGUUCUGUUUGCUGACCAAGCUAUUCCAAUGACACCCAUCAGGAUCAAGGUGGAUCCUGCUCAUGAUGCCAGUAAAGUGAAGGCAGAAGGCCCAGGACUCAGCCGCAGUGGUGUUGAAUUAAACAAGCCUACUCAUUUCACGGUGAACACUAAAGGAGCGGGAAAAGCAAACCUGGACUGCAGCUUUGUCGGCCCCAUCAAAGCAGAGGCUGUUAAGGACUUUGAAAUUAUCAACAACCAUGACAACACACACACUGUGAAAUACACUCCUGUACAGCAGGGUCCUCUGGGGCUUGCUGUGACUUAUGGUGGCGAUCAUAUACCCAAGAGCCCCUUUAAUGUUGCUGUGGCUCCCUCACUAGACCUCAGCAAAAUCAACGUCACGGGCCUGGGGGACAAGAUGUCUGUAGGCAAGGACCAGGAAGUGAUUGUGAAAUCUAAGGGUGCUGGAGGUCAAGGCAAAGUGGCAGCCAAAGUGACGGCACCCUCAGGAAAGCCUGUUGCCAGCAAGGUGGAGCCUGGGUUGAGUCCAGAAACCAGUCACGUGAAGUUCAUCCCACGGGAAGCAGGGCCAUAUCAGGUUGAACUGACUUACGAUGGAGUCCAAAUGCCUGGAUCUCCUUUCACGCCCAUAGCUUAUCCUGCUACAGACCCCUCCAAGGUCCGCUGUUCUGGCCCAGGCUUGGAGCGUGCCAAGGUUGGGGAGACAGGGGAGUUCAUUGUAGACUGUACCAAUGCUGGCCCAGCUGAACUGACCAUAGAGAUCAUUUCUGAUGGUGGUACAGAGGCUGAAGUUCAUAUCCAAGAUAAUGGGGAUGGCACAUACACAAUCACCUACAUUCCCCUUUAUCCUGGGUCAUACACUCUGACCAUUCGCUACGGCGGCCAGGAUGUGCCCAACUUCCCAGCUCGGCUCACUGUGGAGCCAGCAAUCGAUGCCAGUGGAAUCCGUGUCUUUGGACCAGGAGUGGAAGGCAAAGGCGUUUUCCGUGAGGCCACCACAGAUUUCACAGUGGAUGCUCGAGCACUGACACAUUCAGGAGGUGACCACAUCAAAACGCUUAUCAGCAACCCUUCAGGAAGCCGUACUGAUAGCUUGAUCACCGACCUUGGAGAUGGAACCUAUAAUAUAGAGUACACUCCCUAUGAGGAGGGUCCACACAAUGUGGAGGUCUGCUACGACGGCACACCAGUGCCAAAAAGUCCAUUCCAUGUUGCCGUCACUGAAGGUUGUGAUCCGGCCAGAGUACGUGUGCAUGGUCCUGGCCUGAAAAGUGGCACUACCAACAAGCCCAACAAGUUCACCGUGGAGACGCGUGGAGCAGGCACUGGUGGUCUUGGGUUGGCGAUGGAGGGUCCGUCGGAGGCCAAAAUGUCCUGCACUGAUAACAAGGAUGGUAGCUGCAGUGUUGAAUACAUCCCCUAUGAGCCGGGCACAUACAACCUCAAUGUAACCUAUGGAGGACAACCCAUCAAUGGCAGUCCUUUCUCAGUGCCAGUCAGUGACACAGUGGACAGUUCCAAGGUGAAAUGCCAAGGCCCAGGGCUUGGCAGCAAUGUCAGGGCCAAUAUUCCGCAGGCCUUUACAGUGGAUGCUACCAAAGCAGGAGUGGCUCCAUUGCAGGUUCGCGUACAGGGACCCAAAGGUGUGGUGGAGCCUGCAGAAAUUGUUGAUAAUGGUGACCAAACACACACUGUCAACUAUGUUCCCACCAAAGAGGGUCCAUAUUCCAUUAACGUCUUGUAUGCUGAUGAGGAGAUCCCACGCAGCCCCUAUAAGAUCAAGGUGCUUCCUACCCAUGAUGCCAGUAAAGUCCGUGCUAGUGGACCUGGUCUGAACACCACAGGGGUGCCUGCCUCUCUGCCUGUAGAGUUUACUAUUGAUGCCAAAGAUGCAGGGGAGGGACUGCUGGCAGUGCAAAUCACUGAUCCAGAAGGAAAGCCGAAGAAGGCCAACAUUCGCGAUAACCACGACGGAACGUACUUGGUGUCCUAUGUUCCGGACAUGACGGGCAGAUAUACUAUCUUGAUCAAGUAUGGAGGAGACGAGAUCCCAUAUUCACCAUAUCGCAUCCGGGCCCUUCCCACAGGAGAUGCCAGCAAAUGCACUGUCACAGUCUCAAUUGGAGGUCACGGUUUAGGUGCUGGUGUUGGCCCAACCAUCCAGAUUGGAGAACAGACAGUUAUCACUGUGGACGCCAAGGCAGCAGGGAAAGGCAAGGUGACUUGCAGUGUGUGCACACCCGAGGGAGCAGAGGUGGAUGUAGAUGUAGUCGAAAACGAGGACGGCACAUUCGACAUAUUUUACACGGCGCCUCAGCCUGGCGAGUAUGUCAUCUGUGUCCGUUUUGGAGGAGAGCACAUUCCCAACAGUCCAUUCCAAGUCACGGCGCUGGAGGGAGCUCCAUCAGACCACCUCAUGCAGCAGCGCCAAAUGCCUCAGUACUACGCACAACAGCCCUGGGCAACAGACAGACCAUUGGGAAUGAACGGUCUAGAUGUGACGGGGCUCAGGCCAUUUGACCUGGUCAUCCCAUUCACCAUUCAGAAGGGAGAGAUCACAGGUGAGGUCAGAAUGCCAUCAGGGAAGGUUGCCACGCCUGAAAUUACUGACAACAAGGACGGCACUGUUACUGUGAAGUAUGCACCAAUUGAGGCUGGGCUGCAUGAGAUGGAUAUAAAAUACGACGGCAUUCAUAUCCCUGGAAGUCCCCUGCAGUUUUAUGUGGACUACAUGAACAGUGGUAAUGUCAGUGCCUACGGUCCUGGUCUAAUCCAUGGGACAGUGAACAAGCCUGCUGUCUUCACAGUCAACACUAAAGAUGCAGGAGAGGGUGGUUUGUCUCUAGCCAUCGAGGGUCCAUCAAAAGCAGACAUCAGCUGCUUAGACAACCAGGAUGGGACAUGUACUGUGUCCUACCUGCCAGUUCUGCCAGGAGAUUACAGCAUCCUGGUCAAAUACAAUGACAAGCACAUUCCUGGCAGCCCCUUUUUAGCAAAGAUUACUGGGGAUGACUCAAUGAGAAUGUCCCAUCUGAAGGUGGGAUCAGCCGCUGACAUUCCUCUGGACAUUGGAGACUUUGACCUGAGUCAACUGACAGCCUCACUUACCACGCCCUCAGGUCGUGAGGAAGCCUGUCUCUUGAAGCUGCUGCGUAAUGGACACGUUGGCAUCUCAUUCGUUCCAAAGGAGAUUGGAGAACAUCUUGUGAACAUCAAGAAGAAUGGUCGCCACAUUCCGAGCAGCCCCAUCCCUGUCAUGAUCAACCAGUCUGAGAUUGGAGAUGCCAGCCGUGUUAAUGUUAGUGGGUUAGGGCUUAGUGAAGCCAGGACCUUUGAGCCUGCUGAAUUCAUCAUUGACACUCGUGAAGCAGGCUAUGGUGGCCUGAGCCUGUCAAUUGAAGGACCCAGCAAAGUGGACAUCAACACUGAGGACCAGGAAGACGGCACCUGUAAGGUCACAUACUGCCCCACUGAGCCUGGGAAUUACAUAAUCAACAUCAAGUUCGCAGACCAACAUGUGCCAGGGAGUGCGUUCACAGUAAAGGUUACAGGCGAGGGCAGGAUGAAGGAGAGCAUCACGAGGAAAAAGAGGGCAGCUUCGGUGGCCAACGUUGGCAGCCAGUGUGACCUCAGCCUCAAAAUCCCAGAGAUCAGCAUAGCAGACAUGGCGGCUCAGGUGACCAGCCCCUCUGGUCAAGUUCACCAGGCUGACAUUAUGGAGGGAGAGAACAAUACCUACUGCAUACGCUUCGUCCCCACUGAGACGGGUGUGCACACUGUGUGCGUGAAAUACAAUGGUAUGCAUGUGCCCGGCAGCCCGUUCCAGUUUACCGUUGGCCCCCUUGGAGAGGGAGGGGCACAUAAAGUUCGUGCUGGUGGGCCAGGCCUGGAGAGAGCUGAGGCUGGAGUCCCAGCUGAAUUUAGCAUCUGGACGAGGGAGGCUGGAGCUGGAGGCCUCAGUAUUGCUGUGGAGGGCCCCAGCAAGGCUGAAAUCGCCUUUGAGGACCGCAAAGAUGGCUCUAGUGGAGUGUCUUACAUUGUCCAAGAGCCAGGAGACUACGAGGUGUCAAUCCGCUUUAAUGAUGAGCACAUUCCUGAUAGCCCCUUCAUCGUUCCAGUGGCCUCUCCUUCGGAUGAUGCCCGACGCCUCACUGUUGCCAGCCUUCAGGAGUCUGGCUUGAAGGUGAACCAGCCAGCAUCGUUUGCAGUCAGCCUGAACGGAGCGAAGGGUGUGAUCGACGCAAAGGUACACAGCCCGUCAGGAGCGCUGGAGGAAUGUUGUGUUACUGAGAUUGACCAAGAUAAGUACGCAGUCCGCUUCAUCCCCAGAGAGAAUGGUCUCUAUCUAAUUGAUGUGAAGUUCAACGGAAGUCACAUCCCCGGUAGUCCGUUUAAGAUCCGUGUCGGAGAGACGGGCCAGGCUGGAGACCCCGGCAUGGUGUCUGCUUACGGACCGGGCUUAGAAAGAGGCAGCACAGGAACAGCAUGUGAAUUUGUGGUCAACACGAGUAAUGCAGGGCCUGGGGCUUUGGCUGUAACCAUUGAUGGUCCCUCCAAAGUAAAGAUGGACUGUGUGGAGUGCUCUGAGGGCUACAAAGUUACAUACACCCCAAUGGCACCUGGGAAUUAUCUCAUAUCCAUCAAGUAUGGUGGACCCUACCACAUCGUGGGAAGCCCCUUCAAGGCGAAGAUCACUGGUUCCAAGCUUGUGUCCAGCCACAGUAUGCAUGAAACCUCCUUUGUCAUGGUUGAUCCCGUGACACGUGCCAUCAGCUCCUCUCAGCAAGGUGCUCCUACCCGGUCAGAUGCCAGCAAGGUGGUGGCGAAAGGUCACGGCCUCAACAGGGCCUUUGUUGGUCAGAAGAACAGCUUCAGUGUUGAUUGCAGCAAAGCAGGUCGGAACAUGCUGCUGGUCGGGGUGGAUGGCCCCAAAGUUCCCUGCGAGGAGAUCCUGGUAAAACAUUUGGGCAACCGCCUGUAUAACGUCAGCUACCAGCUCAAAGAGAAGGGAGACUACAUCCUAGUGGUCAAAUGGGGGGAUGAUCACAUUCCAGGCAGCCCCUUCUAUAUCGUUGUCUGAAAGAAAGAAAAAUUGCACCACCAUCAGCAACUUCUCUUACCACUGUUGUAGUUGUUUACAGCUCCGUGUCCCACCCAUGUUAUAAUUUUCCCUCAGCCUGAUUUCAGUUUAUGCAGACCUUUUUUAUUUUUUAGAAAACCACCAAUCUCCCAAAGAUGCAAAUAUUACUCUUCAUUUUCAGUUGUAGAAUCGAUCACGUUGUCACAUUUCUCACAAGCAAAGUUUCGGGAAGGAGAAUAAGGGCACCUUUUCAUGAUUGUAAACUAGCAGUUGAUGUUGUCUUGGGAUAUUUUUCCAUUUGAAAACUUGGGCAUAGUGUAGUGGCCAUUGGUAGAUGGCUCAGUCUUAAUGGUGCAUAAUUCCUCCCACUGAGUUUGGCCCGAUAUGAAGUUUACAUUUUAUAUGAACAGUGAGGCAAGUGUUUAACGCGCCUUCCUUUGUUUGACCAGAAAGACAUUUUCAUUGUCUAUAUAAAAUGUAAUAACUCAUGCUGACCAGGGUGGUGUGGUGGUGGUGGUGGUGGUGGUGUUUAGUGAUUGUAAAAAUGUCCAGUCCGCUCAAUAUGUUCAUUUUUUUUUUUUUUUUUUUUUUUUUUUUAUACCUGCUGAUGGUGUGACCAGUUUUAGUCACUGCUGUUCUUAAAAUUAUGCACAAUAGAAAUCUAAUUAAACAUUAAAAACAUCAGGUCAACUGAUGCGAAGCUUUUCACAACACCGCUUUUUUUUUUCCCCUGUGUUGGAUGCCACGGCGUAUUUUUUUUUUUUUUUUUUUUUUUUCCCCCCCCUCUGUAAGAGCCUCUCAGAUUCAGGAUAAAAUCAACCUGUUACAAACGUUUCUUUUAAAAAGGGAAGAAUUGAAAACGAUGCUGGACAAAAGUUGUGCUUCGUCGCAGCUUUCCAAGAUGGUGACCAAAAAAAAAAUUGCUUUUUCUGUUUCUCACAUUUUGAGCUGCCUCCCAUUCUUGCCUUUUUUUUUUUUCUUCCGUAUAGCUCACUCGCUACAAAAAUAUUUUUGUCCUGAAUAAAAAAUGCUUUUAAAUGUUUGUAAGACAGUAUUUUGAUAUUCAAUAAAGUUGUUGUCUAGUA